AAAAAGUGAAUGACCAGGAUUCUAAACAAAAGUUAUGACAUAUACAAUAAAAGUUCAAUUUAAUGAAAUGUUUUCCAAUCUGUUUUUUUUUAAAACAUAUUGAUUCGGUAGAAUUGGCCACACCAAUUAUUUAUUUAUUAAAAACUUGUACACACAGAAUGCCAAAGAAGCUUUCAAACCCGAGGUGGAACAGUCUACCGGUAAUCAAUGAGAAUGAUUAUUACCACGUAUCAACACGUAGAGCGUUUACAAUCUGAGUUAAAGACAAUGAGUUCGUACCAUUGAGUUUAGGAGUAACAUAAGCCAUAACAGUCAUAAUUUUAUUUUCAGAAAUUCAAAAAAAAAAUUGUUUUCGACAUAGUAAUAUUCAGUUGUGAAAAACUUUUAACGUGACUAUGAAUGAUUUUGGAACGGUACUGACUUUACUCAUCUUUUUAAAAUCAGUAUUCAUGCCGGCAGGAGCACAGUAUGUUAAAACACUACUAGCCAUCUCCAACGGAACAGGAAUAGGAUUAUUCAACCUAUGGCAUUUGUCAAAUGUUUCUUGUGGAACUGUUGAUGAUGAUUUUAUCCGCAGUGAUAUCAUUGAUAAAUUUCGACUAGAUAUCAGCUGCCCUUAUCUGUUAUAUUUGAGAAUGAAGACAGCAGAUGGAACAGUGAAGAAAAUGACAAAAUAUUUUACAAAUAUAACAUUGGAGAAGACUUUAGAAGGUGGUUCCAUAUUCGAAACACCAGGAUCCUUUCCAUCUCCGCAUGUAUCAUCAGUUCACACUGUAGAUGGUUUUGAAUAUAAAUUAGCCGAUCCUACUGGAAGAUACUUGUAUUUUGGUAUUUUAAAACCUUCAAACAAUACUAAAGUGGUAUAUUAUACCAAUGAUACAGGUUACGACCUAACAAAUGGAUUGCCACUGACUACGGAUAUUGCAAUGGUGGAAAUAAUAGCCUCGUUUUAUAAUGAAAGUUGUAAUGAGGUAACUAUGGAAUCACCAGUAGAUGUGGCCACCUGUAACGAACCACCUACAGUCACUGCCAGUUUAUCUUAUAUUGAAGCCGUAUACGGUGAUAAUAUUACUUUACAGUGUACCGUUAACAGUGUUAUUCCAAUUAUUGAAUCAUUCUGGAACACUGUUACACAAGGACAGAUUGAUGUUGAUAUAAGUAGUACCAUGGAUAUGACUUUAAAUCAUGAGAGAGUAUCAUUUACGUAUACAGGAAUAUACAGAUGUUGUGUUACCAACAAGCUUCAUUUCAAAGAAUGCGAUCAAAUACUAGUAAACGUGACAGGAGGCUUUCCACUAGUGACCACGACUUCAUUAUCAACAACUCUGAAUACAAGUGAGUCAGUUACCUUCGAUUGUUCUGUCACAGCUUCGCCUAGUGUAACCGAUUUUUAUUGGAGAAAACGAGUUAGCGGAGUAAAUUCAGUAAUUUCAACAACAGACAGUAGAUUUACUAUUGCGGGAUUGUCAGCACCGACCUUAACUAUCACAAAUCUACAAGAAGCUGAUGGUGGAGAAUAUUUUUGUGUUGCGUCCAAUCCAAUUGGAGAAGGUACAAGUACAGGGAUAACAUUAACUGUUACUUCACAAAAUACAGAUUUAUGUCCAUGUUCGUGUGAAUACCGAUCCAAAGUAGACUACUGGGCAUCUCACAAUGUUACAAAUAUGACAUAUGAUGAAAUAGUUGUCUGGUUGCAGCCAAAAAUUAAAGAACUAGAGAAGACUCUAACAGUUGAUAAAGCUAACCUAUCAUCUCUUAUUAACAAACGAAUUAGUAUGAAAGAUGAUCGUCCAUCAGCUAGAAGUAUCGGAUAUAUCGGGAUUGUUAUAUUAUCUGUUGUUUUUGUCAUGAUAUUGUUUAUCGAUGUGUCCUCGAUCUCAAGGCAUACACAAAAUAUUAAACGAUUGUGGGGAGUGAAAACAUGACCAUGCGACUAAAGUAAAUCAUUACUGUUUUUGUUACAUAUUUGCUCAAUUAAAAAAUGUCAUACUUCAUCAAUGUGUUUAGAAAGCAAUCACAAUUUUGUACAAUGUACUCAUUUGGUGCACUAUUUUAGAUUAUCCUUAUCAUUUGCGCCUUCAGACAUGCGUAUAGAAUGUAUUCCAUAAUUACCUUACAAGUCAAGUUAUCAUUAGCGACAAUCACAUGAACUACAGUACAGUUAUACAUGCAUAUAAAUGUAUAUAUGCACCAUAAUUAAUAAUUUUAUAUUAGUGUUUAUAGAAUGUGAUAGAAAAACUAAUGCAUAAUAAAACUAGGUCCGUUUUGUUUAAUUGAUCUUUAACGGCUUCGUCUCGUAUUACAAAUUGUCACUACAGAAACAAUUCCAGACUGUAUAUAUCUAACAGUAUUGUAUUGGAAUUAAUAAAAUAAAUGC